UAGUUUGUAGGCUCUCUCUCACUCGACCGUACCUCGUCGUGGUGCUAACGGUGGAGGUGAUAAUUUCAAACGAAAUAAAGUGCAGUUACCAUAUUGUGUGCCCGUGCGAAAAUCCUGCUUCCAGCUUUGCUCACUCGAAUCCACACCCGGAUACUGCGGCGGGUUUAGCAUACUUUGAGUUUCUGUGAUAUGUGGACAUGAAAGCGCUGCAGCAUAUCGUGGUGGAAAAGUGUUGUGUGCACUGUGAAAAUAGAACAUCGCGUUGAUGAUGGUGGUGGUGAUGUAGCCAUUCAAGAGAAAGCAAAGUAUAAUGCACAAUUUAAAGCAUGCAGGUAGAACAUCGAGGCGCAUCGCGUGCUAGUGCUAGUAGUAGUGGCGAAAACAUUUCAAUACGAUAGUUAGUUUCUGGCGGGUGGCAUUUCAUUUUCGGGCCUUCGGGAGUGAAGCCAAGUGUGUGGAAAAAUCAAUACUAAUAUAAAAAUUAACAAUGGCGGCAGGGAUCCAUGCUAGCUCGCCCGUGUGAGAGCGAACGAAACGGCACUAAUCGGGACAGUGCGAAUGUGGGAACGAGAGGCGAGAAAAGCAGCAUUCUAUGCGGUACCGGUCGGUGAUGGCAGUAAAGGGAACUUAUAAAAUGCACCCCAAUUAUUAUCAUCCCUCCAAGACGAACGCCACCGCCAACCACCAAUAUAUGCGAUAGAGGCUGAACAUCACCGCACAAAAGAUACCGCGAGAAAAGUAAGGCGAAGAAGCAAGAGAGCAAAAGCGUUAUCGAGGUUCCUUCGGUGCUGCGCGUUGGAGAGAAAAGGAAACGAUCGAGAGCAUAGCGGGGUGCAAUCAUCGAUACAACACGGCUGCUACACAAAGUGUGCACGCGGCAUCGAGAGUGUGUGUGAGCAGAGAGUAGAGUACAGCAUAAAAUAAGGCAGGGAAACGGUACUGCGCUCCUGCCUGUGUCUCGUCCUUUUGGGCAAGUACCAGCGAACAAGGAAAAAAAUAACAAAAGGCCUCCUCGAGCCAGCGAGCAGCGCGUAAGAGAGUGGUGUCGUGUUGGGAAAAGAUUGAUGGUGGAAAAAAUAUCCUUUCCCGAAUGUAACGGGCCACUGCAGCAGAGGCAGGAGCAACAGCAACAAUCAGCAGAGAUUAUUCCUGUUUUGCCAAACCGUUUGCUGAAGAACCGCAACCGAGCGCAUCGCGUUCCGUGAAGUGGUUUCCCCCUGCUGCGCUGCAUCGCCCCAUCUACUCCUGCCGGGCGGCGGUGUGCGCUGGUCGCGGGUCGAACGGGAGAGAAACCGAAUUCGUGUGCACGGUGCUCCAGAAAGCUCACUCACCUAAUAAAAUGCACAGCAUGAUCCAGAAACACAGAAAAGGAUCACGACGUAAACUUAUCAGCGGCCGCAGCAAUCACUCCGUCGGACGUGCCCGUAAUUCGCUCAAAGGCUUACUUGAUUGUGAUUAUUUCAACAACAUUCCUGCUACCAUUGCCGACCGCACACAUGCACACACAGCUACACACACCAGCAGCACCAGCACACCACCACCCAGCAUUACCACCACUUGUCCUGCUCGGCAACGGCGACGAAGACGGCGACGGUUGGUGGCAAGUCCGGUCAGCACUCCCGUCUACGAUGGAACCGAAACACGUCACCGCGGUCGGCGCAGCUGGGCGGCAGGAGCACAGGAAGCGGAUGAUUGCUGUCAAGCUGUCCUUUCCACCACGAACGCCACCACCUCCCUUACACCGGUCGCACUACUAGAACGAUACCAUCAGUCAACACUAGUGGCUGUGCCCUCGCACCACAGAAGCAGAACGAAACUAAUGUAUAGAAGUUUUGUGCAAAUAUGUUUGGCCUUGUUCUUGAUCUUAGGAUGCUGUGAUGCAGCUAAACAGGAAGUUUUACAAAGUGGAACGGGGUGUGCAUUUCCCAAGCGCUGGGAAGGUCAAUGGUUUCAAUCCGGUGUACAACAGCCAAUUACAAUAGAAGGAUCCACGUUAAGUACUAGGGGCCGGUGCAUUGCUAGUGAAGGCGAUAAAUUUUUAUUAGUUAAUGGCAAAGGAUGUCACCGGUGCGUUGUAAUUUAUCAGAAGCACAUAAACAUACUCCAGUAUAAAGAAAGUGAGUGUGAAGAUUUUUAUACAGGCCAGUUGAAUCCAGCUGCAAUGCCUAUUCAUAGCGUUUUAAAAAGUGAUCGGGGCUUAGCUCAUCCCAACAUGAACGGGCAUUCAAGAAUAUCGUCAUCGGAUCCGUAUAUGCGAUCCAAUGAAGAUAGCGACAAUUGUAUGGGAUGCAAAGGUCGCGAAACGUUGCAUUACCUAUGCGAACAAAUCCCGGGUGAUGCUUUACUGUACAGUAUGUUUAAAAUAAAUCCAGAGCCAAUUAAAUGCCCACUGUCAGGAUCUUACACGUUCACCUAUAACCGAGGCCACGGCGAAUGUAGGAGUCCGGUAUCGAAUAUGGAAAUGUGUACAGAGGAUAGUAGACUACUGCUAAGUUUUCAGGCAUGCCCUGAUGUACCUGGGACCGAAAGCACGGUUGAAGAAUUAACAUGCUUAGCAUGGUGGAAAGACGGCAAUUCACGGUAUUUGGUGGGCCUGGUUUCACAUCAUCAUGCCACGUCGAACGAGGAACGCUUUAGAUGCUUCGUGUACGAGAAGCUGAGCGGAUCCGAUGCAGAGUACAAACUAGCACAAUCCGGUGAUGCUACGUGUAACGGGCUGGAAAGUGCCGAGGUUGGCUCUCGGAUCAUGACACUCAAAAAGGCCCCUCUGAUGGAUCGCUGUGACUUUCCCGUGUGGUUUAAAGGUCCCCGUUUCUGGCAUGCGCUGAUGGGCAGUGCGCAUUACGUAUUCGACGCUAGCGAUGGAUCCUUGCACAUCAAAAAACCAAAUGGUCACACGGUGGCCCGUUCUCUUUGUGAACAGAUCAACAAGCAAACGUCCUCGGAGAUGAUGGCCGUGGUGCAUCACACCAUGGGAUGUAAAUCCGGGUUUAUGUGUGUGAUGUUCUACAGGCGAGAUACUCACGUAGCAGAGCUACAAAUGGGAACACCGACCGCUAGGCUUGAAGAUGCAUGUACGACUGAAAACUUUGACGUGCAUCGAACACCGUUCGUAACUUUGCUAGCAAAUAACUCUGAAACGCAGCUCUGUCCAUUGGAGGGUCAAUACAUGAUGAAAGGUUUCCUCAUGCCUACGUCGUCUAUUUCACGCCACAAACGUAACCACAACAACAAGGCUCGCUCCCAUCGACACUGGGACGUGGUCGGGUACCGUAAUCAGGAGAGCGCUAUUAGCAGUAGCAGCACCGGUACGGCUGGCGGUAUUGUUGGCGGCUACAUUGGGCUGGAAGCGAAGCGAAGAUCCUUCCUUCCGCGCGCUCGACGUACAGCAGCCGAAUCGAGGAAUGAUACACACACCCUGAUGAUGAUGACGCAUGGCGACGGCGGCGGUGCCGGUGCUAUGGGCAGACCGCGCCGCGAAACGGCUGGAGGAUGUAACAUUAAUCACAACACGAAUCGGCAGCUGUUGGUGGGCUGCAACGAGAAUAGCAUCAUUGAAGUAAAGCCGAAAUGUAAAACCGACGAUGAGGAAUUAUUCACAUGCCACGGUCACUGGCAGGAAAACCAAACGACCUACAUCAUUGCGAAGCACUCAAUCUCUCAGCAUGGAGUGUGCAUCAGCUAUGUGCCAAUGGAAGGCAAUCACGUACAGCUGUUCGUCGGGGACACCUGUCACCGUGCCAACAUGCAGUCGGGCCAGCACAGAUCAAUGCCGGCUAACAUUACUAGCUAUGGAAAAUGUGGCGAGGUGAACAAUUCGACCAGGCUACAUGAACUGAACUACAUUAUUCGGCUUUAUUCGUUCGUCGUAUCGGCACUGCUUGUAAGAAGUGUCCUGCUAAGAUGAUCACUUGCAGCGGAGGAUUAAAUGUUUUUCGUAUAAAUCAUGUGUACCUUCUUCGGUACAUUGUGUAAGUGAUCGUACUUGUUUGUGUACGUGUUGAUGUGUACGUACCGACGGAAGACGCUAGAUUAUUGUAUGUUGUUAGUAGCAACUGCUACUACAGAAUCUAGAAGAGGUGGAAGAGAUUGAAUGAUUUGUUUAGCAACAAAACAACAACCGUAAGCGAAAAGACCCAUGCAAUAAGACUUUCGGGACGUGCAUCGGGCGCAAGUAAUCGUACAUCGAUCGAAAUGUACAAAGAAAUAGCGAGGGAAGGAGGAAAUGGGUGAAGCUAAAUUGUUUUUAAUUAUUAUUUAUUAAAUUAUGUUCGUUCGUUGCGUUUUGUAAUCUCUACUUGUUGUGAUACGAUAAAAAAAAAGUAACAAAACCCGACCACCCACAUGGCCUGGCGGUGGUGGUAAUACACACAGGACAGGACGAUAGCGUUAAGAGUUUUGCUUGCCAGCCAGCCAACCUAGCCAGCCAGCCGAGUUUCGAGUGAGCGAAUGAUCGACGCUGCAUUUAAGUAAGCGGUAGCCUCUGCGGACUACGCAUUUUGUUUGUUUCCCUCCAUUUAUUUUUAAUGGCAUAAUAUUGCUCGUGAUUGUAAAGCUUUGUAAAACUGGCAACGUAAGAAUGAGGAUUGCAGAUGAUAAUGUGGUUCUUGCUGUGGGGUGCACUGAGAAAGUGGUGCGAAUGGUGUGACUGAUCUUGUUUCCUUCGCGGGAAAAAGGAACGGUGUACGGUGUGAAGACAUUGGACCCGGACAGACCAAUGUACUAUAUCUCACAGCCUGAUUCACCUUCAUUCGCUACACACUCACACACACACACACAUCCACACGCAUAAAAUCAUGUGGGAGAAACUGCGAUAAAAGGCUAACAUAAAUUAAAAACGAAAACAAAAACCCUACUGCACAUAUAUACAAGUAACAACCAACGAAAACUAAAAAAAACCCAGUGGAGGAUAAGAUGGGCCGAAAGCAGAAUGCCGGUGGUGGUGUGUUACGCAGCAUACGCCAAUACGCGCGCGCGCAGCAUGCAGGAAUGGAAGAAACUUUCACCACGCUACUAAUGCAUAAUAAUAAUCAUUCGUUUUUGAAUUAUGUAUCCAAGGUUUCCUAUUAAAAGUGAUUGUACAAUGGUAAAUGACAAAAAAAGAGAUGAAAAUGCACAGAAGCAAACGAACAAAAAAAAAAGAAGAAGAAACAAAACAAACUAUGAUGCACCGAACGAAUUGUGCAAAACUCUAGAAAAUAUGGCGCAAAAGAUGAGAUGAGAUACGCGCAAAGUGUCGCAUCAGAUGAAAGAUAGUCAAAGGCAGAGAAGAAAAAGUAAAAACAGCAUAUAUUAUAUAUAUAUAUACACAAACAAACACAAAACACACACAAGCAUAUAUAUAUAUAUAAAGUUAAGAACCAGAGGAUGGGAUUACGAGCAACACGGAAUAUGAUGCUGAUAAGGCGAAGGUAGGUGGUGGAGAGAGGGAACGUGCGACGGGGGGGUAAACACGGGGAAGGGAAAUGAUGAUAAUAUGCACGAAACGAAAUGGUGAUGUUUGGAAACGAAUGGAUAUGGGGCUGGUGGUAAGGUGGGUGGGUUUUUUUUAAGUAAAAGCGUACAGGAAUGUCAUAAAAGGGAUUGCUGCUGCUGCUGCUCCUCCGACCAACAACCGAUCAUCGGGUCGGAAGAAACGAAAAAAAACAAACACUACUGGACACAAGAAACAGUACUCUAGGCUUUUUAAAUUAAAUUAUCAUACCAACCAACCAACAAAUUACUACGAUCUGAUAUUUUUUGUGUAAGUACUCGGAGUCGUGGCGCGACAAAACGGAAAGUAAUAAAAGAAAACCCUGUACGCAGGAACGAUGGAAAAUGGGGUAAAGGACACUAACAGUUGGAACAGCAGCGAAGCAGCGAACGGCGGAAGUGUGCGAGGGGGUGAGAGGCGGAAAAUAAACCAACUAAAAUAAUGGAAAA